AGGAAAUCUUGGAUCUUGCUUCCUCUAUCUGUCCUGGCUUUUGCCAGUGCGCAAAAGGAAUUGGAUUGGUGGGAGACAACUGUCUUCUAUCAGAUUUAUCCCAGGUCCUUCAAAGACAGCAAUGGUGAUGGCGUCGGGGAUCUGAAGGGUAUCACUUCAGAACUCGAAUACUUGAAAGAGUUGGGUGUUGGUGCGACAUGGCUUUCGCCUAUCUUCAAGUCACCCAUGUAUGAUUUCGGUUAUGAUAUCUCGGAUUUUUACGAUAUUCAAGAUGAAUAUGGAAAUAUGGAAGACUUUGAUAACUUGCUUGCUAAGGCUAACGAACUCGAUAUCAAAAUUAUUCUCGACUUCGUACCAAACCAUGGAAGUAAUGAAAGUGUGUGGUUUCAAGAAGCUUUGAAAGGAAAUAAAAAAUACUAUGAUUACUUCGUGUGGGAAGAUGGUGUAGUAGAUGGGAAUGGAAACCUCCAACCACCAAAUAACUGGAGGAGUGUUUUUCGCAACAGUGCCUGGGAAUAUAGAGCGGAAGUUGGCAAGUACUACCUGCAUCAGUUUGUUAUCGGUCAACCUGAUCUGAACUACCGUAACCCAGAUGUAGUUGAAGAAAUGAAGAAUGUCAUUAGAUUUUGGUUGGACAAAGGUGUUGCUGGGUUCAGGGUUGAUGCGAUCAAUCAUUUAUUUGAAGUUGACAAGGAACUAUUUGGUGGUAAAUAUCCGGAUGAGCCACGAACUGGCUCAGAAGACCCAGAUAGCUAUGAUUAUCUACAUCACAUUUACACAAAAGACCAAGAAGAAACUUACGGCAUGGUGUAUCAGUGGAGGGAAGUACUUGAUGAGUACAAAGCAAAGGAUGGCUUUACUAGAAUAAUGAUGACGGAAGCUUACUGCAGCCCUCAACUGAGGAUGAAAUACUUUGGGGACGGUGAACGGCAUGGAUCUCAGAUGCCUUUUAAUUUUGCUCUCAUCUCAAAUGUUAACGGCAAAUCAAGUGCCAACGAAAUCAAGUAUGCUAUCGAUGAAUUCUUAACCUUCAAACCUAUUGACAAGUUGGCUAACUGGGUGGCUGGAAAUCACGACCAGAGUAGAGUAGCAUCAAGAUAUAGUCCAGAAUUAGUGGAUGGAAUGAACAUGAUUGUGCAACUUCUUCCUGGUAUAAGUGUAACAUAUAUGGGUGAAGAAAUUGGCAUGGUUGACGGUUUCGUAAGUUGGGAGGAUACGGUGGAUCCGAGUGGUUGCAACACAAACGACCCUAUCAACUAUGUGAAUGAGUCCAGAGACCCUGAGAGGACUCCAUUCCAGUGGACUGCUGACAAAAACGCUGGGUUCUCGACGGCUGACAAUACAUGGUUGCCCGUGGCUGCUGGGUACGAGACACUGAACGUGGAGGCUCAGAGGGGCGUCGAGCGGUCGCACCUCACCGUGUACAAGGCGCUGGUGCAGCUGCGUGGCCAACCCGCCUUUACGCACGGACGAUACGACUCCUUGGCGCUCAACAAGGAUGUCUUCGCUUUCAAAAGGUGGUUCAACAAUGACAAUUACGUGGUGCUGGUAAACUUUAGGGAUCAGCAGUACACCGUCGAUCUCACCUAUUUUGAAAACAUUGUCGGUGAUUUGGAAGUUGUCCUCACCAACAUCCAGUCUCCGAAAACCAAUGGUGCAAUCGUUCAAGCUAAUCGCGUGGAUGUUGUCGGAUACGAAGCUUUGGUACUAAAAGUGAAAUAAACAAAAUGAUGAAUCCCGUAUUUAAUGCAAAUAAAUAAUGCUCAACUUGAAACAGA